GUUUCUUAUUGCGAAGCAACAGUCGGGAAAAGGUGCUUGUUUAAAAGAAUCCAAGUUUUGCAAACUGUCUGUGAGGAAUUUUGGCCACUACGAGGUGUGGAGGAUGAGCUCUGGCAAUGGCACCAGGAGGAAAGUUAGCAAGCAGGAACACUUCAACAGCGUGGUGGUAUCUGACCCUGAUAUCCUGGCGGAGAUACAAGGUCUUUUCAGUAAAGUUAAAGCCUAUGUGAAGCCAGCCAGUGGGGAAUGGAGCAUCCCUGAUGCAAACGCUGCUCUCAGACAUCCAGCGGAGGAGCACCAACAUCUGCAGGAGCUGAAGGCCUCUCUGAAUGCAGUGAAGAACCAGCUCAGUGACAAGAAAGUACAUGUGUGGCAUCAGCACACCAACUCCACCAACCGGGCCGGGAAGGUGAUCGCUGCCGUACGCUCUGCUGCCAAUGCGGAGAUCUGCACUCAGGCCUGGUGCAAGUUCUAUGAGAUCCUGGGAACCUUUAAUCUUCUUCCUGAGGAGGCUCUUCAAAACGGAGAGUUGAACACGGUCCAUCUGUGUGAGGCUCCAGGUGCAUUUAUUGCUGCUCUGAACCACUACAUGAAAACCAGUGAGUCCACACGAUACUGUGACUGGUGCUGGGUUGCCAACACUCUCAAUCCAUACCACGAAGCUAACGGAGGCAGUACAACCAUUGCAGAUGACAGGUUAAUCGCCCACACACUCCCCUGGUGGUUCUUUGGUUCAGACAACACAGGAGACAUCAUGAUUCAGAAGCACUUGCUGGAUAUGCAGGCAUUUGUGUCCAACAUGCGCAGAGUGGAUCUGGUGACAGCUGAUGGAAGUUUUGACUGUCAGGAGAAUCCUGAUGAGCAGGAAGCGUUGGUGGCAUCACUUCACUACUGUGAGGUCACAGCAGCACUGUUGCUCCUGAGCCCCGGUGGUUCCUUUGUACUGAAGAUGUUUACCCUGUAUGAACACUCCUCUGUCUGCUUACUCUACCUGCUGAACUGCUGUUUCCACUCUGUCAGUGUCUUCAAACCCGCAACCAGCAAAGCGGGAAACUCCGAGGUUUAUGUUGUGUGUCUGAAUUAUGACUCUAAGGAGGCUGUGAGGCCUCUGCUCUCGAAACUAAUUCGCAAUUAUGGACCACACCUGGCUGACCGAGAAGCUCUUUUUUCCAGGUCUCUCAUCCCAGAGUCAUUUUUGAAGCAGCAUGAAGAGGUUUGCUCAUACUUCCACAAGCUGCAGGUGGCGACGAUCACCGAGAACCUGCAACUGUUUGAUGAAAUGAGCACAGAGCAGAGACAGCGGCUCGAACACAUCAGAGACGGUGUGGUCCAAAAUUACCUGCAGCGUUUCCAGGUUACAGGGAAAAAGACAGAGGAGAGCGGAAACAAGGAAGCACAAAACAGACAAAUGAGAACCAAAGCCAUCCCUGUCUGGCUCAAGGUGAGCUUUCUUCAACGAAGCCGAUGGAUUUCUCGUAACACAGUGAGUCCUGCCUGCUGCAGAGUGUCAGCGAGUCGACUUCUGGGACAGAAGACACAAACAGGCUCCUUUAAUGAGCGGAAAGAACUGCAAGCCCUGAACUGGAAGGAGCGCAUUGAGAAAAGUUGCCAUGCCACCUGCAUACAGAGACACUCCACUGAUGAAAGGGAAAUGAGUAGCUUCCUGGAGGGACCCCUGUCCAGCUGUCAUGUAAAUACAUGGUAUGUGAUUAUCGGCUCUGCGCUACCUGCAGUCAGGAACUCUCCAUUCUGUGAAGGAGGGCUGUUGAACCACUUGAAUGAAGCCCAGAUGGACACAGCUGUAGACUGGACCCUCGUAUCUCCGUGUAAGUCUUGCCAUUCGAGUUGCGCAGCCAGUAUUUUGUCUGAAGUUGCAGGUCAUUAUGAUCUCAAAGCCAGCCCUAUGGGAAACAAAAAGAAGAAACGAUGUCUGGUGUUUGGCAGCCACUCGGUGUGGGGUUCCUGUGAAAGCCACAUCGGGGAUUUGCUCUUAACAUUCUGUGCAGAGCCUUCUUUUCCGAAGAGAGGCUGCAUCUUGUUGCACGACGGGGAGCCGCUGUAUCAGCAGCAGCUCUUGGGAUGUGUCAUGUUCUCCCUGCAGACCCUGAGCUCUGGUGAUGCCCUCCUGAUGCCUGUGUUUUCUGCACUCACCCGUGUCACUGCAACUGUUGUGCUCUGCUUGCACGCAUGUUUUCGCUUAGUCUCAUUCAGGUGUCCAUCCCCCUCCAGUGUGGUUGGAGCAGUGCUUGUGUGUGUUGGCUUCUGCCCAGAAGCUGCUGCCCAAAUUCUGCCUUUUCUGACUGAUGUGCAGAACUGCAUGAGUCAGCUGCUAAAUGGAGAGGAGGGCAGGGAUAAAAAUCAGCCUAGUGGAGGUGGCAGACAGGUCCUGCAGUUUGUUCCCAUGGAGGAGCUGCUCACUGGAGGACUGCCUGAUUUCCUGUGGACCAUGAACUCUGAAAUCAUUCAGCAGAAGCUGCAUCUGCUCAUGCAGUCUUAGUGCAGUUUAGUGAGCUGUCACUUUGUUUCUGAUGCUGUCUCAUCAUGUUACAGACUGUUAUUUGCUGUUGAAGCAGAAUAUUGCUCAGACUUCCAGCAGUUAGUCCCUGAUUCGUUUUUUCAUGCUAAGAUCAAGAGAACUCAUCUGACUUUACAGUACUCCCCUUGACAAUGAAUGACUGUUAACAGACUGAUUUUAAGAGGAUCAACACAUAGCAAAGCAAGAAAGAUCCCUUUUUAUGUGCGUUCUUCUUUCAUGAAACCAAAUGCCUACAUUACCCAUAAUUCAACUGCAGCUUAAACCAGUGCUAACUUUUAGGAGACAUCAGAUUUGGUUUACCCACUCACUCUGCGCCACUUCAUGCAAUGGAUGGUGCAGUUGAAUUAUUAAAGAUAUAAUGGUAUUAUUGGUGCCAGCCUACAAAUGACAAAGACAACAAAAAGUAUGGUGUGCUUGAGAUAUGCAGAUAUUAUUUCUAGUGAAUUUUUAUUUGACUGGGAGGCUCCCUCCUCUUGUUUUACUUUUCCAAAAUAAUUGAGUUUCAUAUUCAUGUCCAAAUCCGUUAAAGCUUGAUAACUGAUUUAACUUUAAAUUGAUGUAAAGUCAAUGAAGCUUUGUGUUAGCACACAGUCAAUCUACAGCUUAAACUGUUGAGUUGGUGGCAGGUUUCUGUCAGCCUUUCAGACAUUUGCAAAUGAAAAUAAAAGUUACAUAGGCUCUAUGACAAUGUUAAACAAAUUUCAGUUUUGCUUAAACCUUUUCAACAUAAAAAAUAUGGCAGGUGUUGGCAUGUCUGUGCGUCAAGUUAGCAUGCAUGGAGGUGUACAUCAAACUUGAAGCAAUUUCAAAAACGUUCCAUUGCUGUGCCGACAAAGGCUUAAAAAGGAAAAGAAAAAUGUAAAGGGUAUGGUUGACAUUAUACAUGGCAUGUUUUUUUGUCAAAAGUGUAACCUCAUAUGUUUGUGUUGUUUUAAGACCAAGAAAAAAUUUUGGUUAAAUAAAAAUUCACUAAAUUGAAAUUGUGGCCUCGGUAAGUUUGUGCUCAACUGUGUAGAAUUUAAUUUAGAAACAGGGAGGGAAGUGAGUUUAUUUUUCAGAUGCAAAGUGACCUGUUUAGUUAUUUAAUGUCCACUGAAAUGAUCAUUUUCAAAUUUAUAUAUUUAUUUGAAGGGCAUGUAAUAAAACAAAAUGGGCCAACUGCUUUUUAAGAUUUUUUCCCUGAUCUAAAGCUAACACAUUUCUAGCUGAGCAUCUGAAAUCAGACACUAGUUUUACAAGAUCAAUUUUUUUAGACAUACUAAAACUUGAACAAAGGGAUGCUUGAAGUUUUACUCUAUUGUGUAUUUUGGCUUGUAGCUGUGAGAUUAAUUUGAAAUCACUUUAAACCUCAGUGCUGAUAUUGAUUUAAAAAAGAUCCAGCAACUGCUAUAAAUUUGCUUUUAACAACACAUUUAAGAGUUGAAAAAUAAAGUCAUC